UGAUAGAUUACAGUUCAAACAAAAGCCUUUCACAGCGCAGUCAUCUGGCAAAACAAUCCAAAGUUUCGAUAAUCGUACUAGUGAAAAAUCAUCCUUUUUAUUUUGUUAAUUUUUAAAACAAAAAAAAUUAAAGAAAUGAAAUUCUUGAUCCUUUUGGCUUUGGUUGCUUCGGUGGCUGCUCAUCCUGGUUACUUGGGUGGUGGUGGUUUAGGUCAUGGUUAUGGCGGCGGUUUUGGUAUUGGUAUUGCUGCUGCUCCCGCCAUAAGUUAUGCUGCUCCUGCUAUUAGCUAUGCAGCUCCUGCUGUUAAGGCUGUAGCUGCUGCUCCUGCUAUCUCAUAUGCUGCUGCUCCUGCUAUUUCAUAUGCCGCUGCUCCUGCUAUCUCAUAUGCUGCUGCUCCAGCUAUUUCUUAUGCUGCCCCUGCACCUGUUGCUGUUGCCGCUCCAGCUCCAGUUGCCGUAGCUGCCCCUGCUCCCGUAGCUGUUGCCGCCCCUGCCCCAACCUUAGUUAAAUCCGUUACCCCUGCCUCUACCAGUUAUUCUACCAUCAGUACUGUCGUCAAUCAUCCAGCCAUCAUUAGAACCGUAGCUGUAGCAGCUGCUCCUGCUGUUAAGGUAGCCGCAGCACCUGUGGCCGUUGCUGCCCCUGCUCCUGUUGCCGUGGCAGCGGCUCCUGCCAUCUCCUAUGCUGCUGCUCCUGCCAUUUCUUAUGCUCCCUCUAUUUCCUAUGCAGCACCCGCAGUAUCUUAUGCUGCAGCAGCUCCCGCCAUUUCUUAUGCUGCUCCCUCCAUAUCUUAUGCUGCUCCAGCUGUUUCAGCCGUCAAAGUUGCUGCUGCUCCCGCUAUUUCAUUGGGUUAUGGUGGUGGUUAUGGUUUUGGUCAUCAUUAAUUUUCUCAUUUUUCGAGAAAAUCCCUAAAACUGGAAACUUAUUGAAAGCCGCCGAUCGCUCCCUAUAUAAAUAUUAUAUUAUAAAUAUACUCCAACAGCCCAACCCAUAAUGCUUUAUGAAUUUAGUCAUUUGAUGUUAAAUCUUUACUGAUUUCAAUUAAAUAUACUCAUCUUAGUUUUAAGUCUUAACCGGGCCAAAAGAAAUAUCUUUGCCCAAAAAAUUUUAGCAGAAAGAAUCAAAACAAAUUGUAUUUAUUAAUAUUUAAGCACUAAUUUUAUUUGUUUCCAUUUUAAACUUAACUGCCACUAAAUUUUCAUCUAACCUUUACAUAUGGAGGGAACAUAUGUAUUUUAGUUGUAUGAGUUAUAUACUCAUUCAUAUAUAUUUUUUUUAAGAAGGCAAGGAAAAAAGUUCAAAAUACUUUUGUUGUGAUUAUAUAUAAAUUUUUUAUAUAUAAAUUUAGAUUAUUUAUUUGAUCAAAAUGUGAAAAUCGCGUAAGCAAAAUUUUAUAAAAAAACAAAAAAAAAAAAAAACAAAGAGAUAAUAAAAAGUUUGCAACUUUUUUCAUAAA